ACAAGUGACAACUCUGAAACCAAUCCAUAAACAAAAAAAUUUUGUGUAAACUAAAAACAAAAAGCGGAAGUUGAAAAACAACACUUUAGCGUAUAAUUUGGCCCCUUAUGAUUUGUUAAGUUUCUGUUUUGGAAAAUGAGAUGCUGAGAUAGCCCUGAACAGACUUCAUAUACUUCGAGCCCCACAAAACCAACGACGCAUUUAAUCAAUGUUCUCCAACGGAUUGCCGUGCAAUCUGUCGUUUCCGAGCUGUCUCAGUGUACCAAAAGACGAGAUCGGUAAUGAAGAGCUCCUGCCAUCCAAUAUGGGUACUCGCGAGCCUGUUAUACUCAAUGUCUACGAUAUGUACUGGAUCAACGAGUACACCACCUCAAUCGGACUGGGCGUAUUUCACUCCGGCGUAGAAGCCUUUGGCACCGAAUUCGCAUACGGCGGACACCCAUUUCCGUUUACGGGGGUAUUCGAGAUCUCACCGCGGGAUCACGACGAGUUGGGCGAUCAGUUCCAGUUCCGGCAGAGCAUCCAAAUCGGCUGCACCGACUUCACGUACGAGGAGGUGCGACGAAUCGUCGAGGAGCUGGGCAAUCAGUUCCGGGGCGACCGAUAUCAUCUCAUGAACAACAAUUGCAACCACUUCUCGGGCUCAUUAACUCAGAUACUUUGCGGCCAAGAAAUACCCAGCUGGGUCAAUCGUCUAGCGCAUUUCAGCUCCUGUGUGCCAUUUCUACAAAGAUGUCUGCCAAAAGAAUGGCUGACACCGAAUGCCUUGCAGCAAAGCAUUACCACAAUCCAAGAGCGCGAAGACUCCGACAACAGUCCCCUUUGAGACGUUACCUGACCGAAAAUAUGUCACUUGCCGACACAUAAGCGAUCAUAGUUCACAUCCAACAACAGUCCUGAGACCAACAUUGUUAAGUUACGCAGAGCAAAAAAGCCGGGUUACUCAUGUCACAUCAAUUUCCAAGCCAACAGCGUCCCUAAUUAGAAAGCAACAACUAUUAUUAAUAGACUUAAAUUAGGCGAUAUACAUAUACAUACUUACAUAGAACAUACCUACAUUGAGAAAUACUUAUACAUACAUGCGAAGUGACUAAAUUAUUGGCUAUUGUAGUUUGUAUUUGUAAUAUGACUAUUCAGAAUUAAGAUAUUAUUAAGUGGCCGAUAAAUUUAAGUAGCAGGCGCCGUUCAGCAGCAGCGUUUAAAUUAACUACGAAGACAUCGAGAAAUCAUCAUUAGGCACUUGCUAAAAUUGUACUAACAAUACCGCAGACAUAUUGGUGAACGAUAUCAAAAUGUUGCCCAAUUUACUUGUUUACUUUUGUCAGCGGUGGGGAUUUGGUUUUUUUGAAUUCCCACCAAACAUCGGAGCUCGAUUAUUGAGAUGAUUUCCUGGUUGAUUUCGUUUACACAAUUUUACAGAGUUCAUAAGCCGCAUGUCUAUCAAAACACCAAAAUGAUCUGUUAUCAAUAAAUAUAUGUACUUGACAUUCUGAUAUUUA